AUGUAAUGUAUGGUGUUACACGGUAACCCAGCUUUGUGGCCGUGGAUAUGUCGUUAGGGGUUAAAAGCGGACACUGACUACUGAAAAGAAAGAAUAUUAACGUGCAAAUAUUGUGGCACUGGUUCGUGUUGCCGUUAUGGAGUUUGGAGCGGCGAGGGAAGCGGCGUACUGAAGUGGAAGCUGAGCUUUUUAAAAAGGGAAUGCGUUAUGCGUCCCAAACCAAAGGCUACGUUAACUUAGGAUUGGACAUGGAUGAUGUCAAUGGGUAAUACGAAAAGGACAUUUGUUUGAUGAGCGUUUGAGAGCUCAAGUUAGUUAGCCUAGCAAGCCAGGAACGGGUCUGGUUCGAGCACUGUGGCCACACUGGAAGCUGUGUGUUAUUUAAAUGGUCAAUGCACUACUAUCACACAGGAAAGCCUCUCCGUCCGCAUUGCUUUGACGAAAAAGGCAACCGUCCUCCCGGUAACGUUGUACUGGUGACAUAACUUAACUCGUCCACCACCAUGGACAUGCUGGAGUGUCCGCUCUGUCUCUUCCUGAUGUGCGAGCCGGUGACCAUGUCCUGCGGUCACACGUUCUGCCGGAGAUGCGUCGGGGGUUACCUCCCGUCCAAAUGCCCGUCGUGCAAAGAGAGGUUAAAACAAAGGGAGGUGAAAAGCAUGAAGAACAACGUUUUGCUCAUCAGUGUCGUUGAGAAGUGCUGCCCCGACGAGACAAAGAUGAAGUGCCAUGUACAGGAGAAGCUCAAAGCCAACGAGUUCACAGAAGCUUUACGCAUCGCGAACAAGGGGCUAGACUUGGUCCCAGAUGAUCAGAAUUUGAAGGUGUACAGAGCUGAAGCGAACUGGGGCCUGAUGCGUUUCUCUGAUGCGCUGACUGACCUCGACUACCUCUGCUGCCUUCGUCCUAAUUGGACCGAGGGCUUCUUUCGUAAAGGGAACGUGCUGCUGGAAAUGGGUCAGCAGACAGAGGCCCUCAUCCAGUUCCACCGAUGCCUAAAUCUUCAAGCUGACUUUGUUCCUGCGAAGAGCCAGAUCAAGAAGAUCCUGGAGGCGGGGGGCAUGGCAGUGCCGGAUGAGGUGUCCUGCAUCUUGCAAGUGGUGUCCGAGUACCUGAAAAAGCCCUGCCCAAUCACCAGCCUCAGCGGCUCCCAGGGGCCAACUCACACUGAGGGCCUCAGACAUCCACAAGGCGAUGACGGAGAGGGAAAAGGGAAGAGGGACGCACACCAGGGCUCCAAGGUGAAGCAUGACGCGGGUACUGAGUGCUGCCUCAGCCUCUGCCAAGCUGUUUCCUUUCUCCCUGCUGCUGAGGAGGACGAGGAGAUGAUGACAAGGAAGGAAGAUGGGCAUGGCAGAGGUGGAAGUAGUCACUGCAGAGAGAAAACUCUGGGUGUCCUCACUGUGUCAGACUUUGAGUGCCCUCUCUGCAUUAGGUUGUUUUUUGAGCCAGUCACUACUCCCUGUGGCCACACCUUCUGUAAAAACUGCAUAGAGAGGAGUCUGGACCACAACCUCCGAUGUCCACUCUGCAAACAGCCACUGCAAGAGUACUUUAAAAACAGGAAGUACAACCCCACAGUUCUGCUACAGGACAUCAUGAUCCGACUUUUUCCCUCACAGUUAGCUGAGAGGAAACAGGUCCAUGAUGCUGAGAUGGCUGAACUGUCCAAUCUUACUAAGGACAUCCCUAUAUUCGUUUGCACGGUGGCCUACCCUGGAGUGCCCUGCCCUCUGCACAUCUUCGAGCCUCGUUAUCGGCUAAUGAUGCGCCGCUGCAUGGAGACUGGCACCAAGAAGUUUGGCAUGUGCAGUUAUGAGCAUGGGAAGGGGUUUGCAGACUACGGCUGCAUGUUGGAGAUCCACACUCUGGAGCUGCUGCCUGAUGGACGGUCCUAUGUGGACACAGUGGGUGGCAGCAGAUUCAGGGUGCUAAAGAGAGGUCAGAGAGAUGGCUACCACACCGCUGAUAUAGAGUACCUGGAGGACCUCAAGGUUGAUGGCAGCGAGUUGGAGCUUUUGCAUCAUCUCCAUGACAGCGUGUACCAGCAGGCUCAGGACUGGUACCAGCGCCUUGGUGGUCGCAUUCGCGAGCAGAUCAACAGACAGUACGGCACCAUGCCAGAGAAGGAGGAAAACAUUCAGGCCUCGUCCAACGGUCCGGCCUGGUGCUGGUGGCUGCUGUCUGUCCUCCAGCUGGACCCUGCCUAUCAAACCACUGUCCUCUCCCUGACCUCACUCAAAGAGCGCUUGGGACACCUCCGCCUCGUCCUUGAGUACUUCUCUCAGAGCUAGACCCCGCAGCACAGUGGUAUUGUAGCCACAACUAGCUGAGAGUCAAAUAUAUUUCUCACAAACACGCAAAUGUAGUGAAAUCAAAGAAUGCAUUCACACCGCAGGAGUUGGGGUUGGGUUUUGGACUAUGAAGGACCGUCUUAAAAAGUCACAGUUUCAAGGCCAUAUCAUCUGGUCAAUAGGAGAAAGAUGUUGGUUGUCUUACUAAAGAGGGUUUUUGCUGUUUGAGUUCACAUUUGUUAUCUUUUUUUUUUUUUUACAACAUUUUCUUCCCCGGGAAUUCAAGUUUUCACAGAAGUUUCUGAAUAUAUAUUGUACUUGAUGUACCAGUAAGACCAACAAGGUUGACCAAAGAUGCUUCUUAUUUAGGUCCAUCAAAAGUGGUAAAUUAUUAUUUGUGGAUAAACAAAAUGAGUUCAUUUUCCUAUUUACAUAGCUGAAAAUAGGCACUAGGUGUCACUGUUUUUCCUCCAGUUGUCAUAAACAUGAAGAAUAUGUAACAGCAUCAGCCAAGCUUGUGCAGUAUACUAUACUGCGUUGCCUAUUGAAAUCAGACUAUUUGCAUUAGCGUAGUUGAGUUUGGAGUGAGAGUAAACACUGAUAGCACACACACUGUGCAGACAUUUUUCAGGACUAUGCACAUCAGAGGAUUUAAGUCCGUAAUCAUUUUGAAUAUUGAGUUAUUUGGAUAUUGCUGAAGGACACUACUUGUAAUGCUUACAUUUUUGUUGCAUCUAUUGGCCUUGGUAGCCAUUCACUAUGGUUCAUUUUAUACUAGUGAAUAAGCCUAAUUAGUAUUAGAAAAUAUUGCAAUAAUAAUUAAUAGUGUCACAUGGAAUGGCAGCAGCUGGAGGAUCUUUUUGAAAUGAAAGCUGAUGAUUUGGCAGCUGUCUCUGGAUGCUGUUUGAUAUCAACUGGUGAGAAAAUAGUCUUCUGUUAAAUUAUGACAAUGAGGAGACGGGGUCAGUGAAUGGGAGAUGGAGGCGGACCAGUCGUGUGUGUGUGUGUGUGUGUGUGUGUGUGUGUGUGUGUGUGUGUAAAUAAGGAGCCAUUUUUGUCAGUGGCCAUCUGCAUUAGCUGACUGGUUGUUUAUUUUGAAAUUACAUACAGCGUGCUGUUAACACUGUCAUGUGUGGUUAUAAAUGAAGCGUCAGUCCCAGGACACCGUGUUGAACAUCUCUUGCUGUAAAGCUGUAAAAUAAUUUAGCUAGGGUCUGACUAAGGCUGAGUCCCCCUGCGGUGCCUCUGUGUAGGCCACAUCACCUACGUCUGGCCCCUGCUGUGUCUCCCUGUCUGUCUGGCCCCUCUACCACCAGUCCUGGUGCCUUCGAGUGCCUGGGUCAACUCACCAGGAGAACUGCAAGUCUUAAACGUUUUACACCAUGUGGAGGAUGGACUGUGAUUUCUUUCCAUUGAUUUUUAUUGAUAUAGUGCUACAUCCCAUGGAAUGUUGAAGCAGCAAUGUUAUGUAAAACAAACACAGGCCUAACUGGGUGAAACAAAAGCGCUAUUUUUUAACUUUAAUAAAUGUGCCAUAGAUAUUCAUAUGUUCUGUUUUAUGGGAAUUGUUAACAAACUAGUCACUUUGUCUACAUCAUGGACAAGCAUGCCUCUUUCUAUGGUGGACAGUGAACUACCAUCUUUUCAUGGCCAACAUAUCGCUUUAAACAGUCAGAACUAGUCCAGCAAACACAGUUAGAUAAAUACAGGACAGUAGCCCUGCUAGUGUGAAUUUGUAGAUACAUGUAGAAUUAAAGGGGUUAUUUUGAGACUUUAUACAAACGUCCCACUAAAGGAUGAACCAGUGGCUAGACUGUUGGAUACUGGGGUUGCAUUGGUUACCUGAUAAACAGGCUAAGCACUGAACUCUGAACACUUAACGUGCCAUCUGGGAUUGAGAUUGGAGUCAAAGACUUUAACGUGCCAGUUCUCUCAACAUGUCUCCAAAGCUAGCAGGUCACUGAAAAAUGGUAUUUAUUCUAAAGGUUUUUUGCUACCAGACAUGAUUAAAGCUCGCUCAAAACAAAAAAGGGACUGAUAUUCUUAUAGAAUUUUUUGAAUGACCUCCCUCAUAAGCCUCUGUGGUAAACACAUGACUACAAGUCUGUGACCGCUGAGGUGAAAUUCACUCCCCUUUCCUACUUCUUAUUAGAAAAGACCAGUAUAUUUGCACAGUGAAAUCGCUUUUGUGUGUUUUGUGUUUUUUUUCUCACGUUUCUCUCUUUUUCAAAUCAUGCAUAUUUCUGUGUGUCACUUUUAUUACUUAAAGACGCCACCUUUCAUUGAAUAAAAUGGUGAUGUAUGCUGAUCACAGCAAUCGGUCUCAUAUUGGUUUCCUCUGUUUAACUUGUGGUUUACUCUGCGAUUAAAUACUAAAAAAAAAUUCUGGCUGGGGAGGGUUGAUUGCAUCCCCAUAUUUGUGAUCCAACUAUUUGUCAACUUAAUGUUUAAUUUGCCUGUAAUCUUUUAAUAGGUUCAACUUUGGUGCUGGUAAUGCAUUGCAGCACAGUCAUGAUUUACUUUGAGACUUUGAUCUCAUUUAGACUGCAGCUCGUGCCCCCUUCAUACCCUGGCAGAUGUCGAUUAGCCAUAGUUGCAGUAUAUAAUUGGGCUAUCAGAAAAUGCCCUCCAACACAGUUAAAACAAUUUGCUCUGAAUCCACACAGUCUCCAACGCAGAACACAGAGCAUAAUAAUUGACUCGUUCUUGGCAGCAAUUCGUGAGAACGAGUCUUACACUUGUGUACUUGGGAAAGGCUGUGAAAAGCAGCACGGUGGCGUGUUCUUGCUAUGUGCUGCAGCUUGCAGGAAAUGUUGGCUGAUGUGGUCUGGUGGUCUGUGGGCUGUAUGAACUAUAUACAUAUACACUAUAUCUACAUAUUCUCUAUACUCUACUCAAACCUCAAUGCUGGUUGCAAGUACAUUUAAACCCAAUGAAACUUAAGCAAUUUCUGUAUUUACUAAUUUGUAUUCAUUCCCCUGCCUCCCAAGCCAAGAGCAGAAAUUAUCUUGAUCUGAUUAUUGUUUAUUUGCUUGCCCCCUGGAUGGCUUUUUACAUGGUAUUACAAAUAAAGCUUCUCAAAGCAAAUUCUGCAUUAUCA